AUGGACCCCUCCAAACCCCCUCAGGAUGAUCCACCUCCGCGAUCGAUUGAUAACGGUCAAAACACCACCACCGCCCAGCCCGCAACCGCAUCGUCGCAUUAUGACUUGUCGGACUCUUUGAACCGCCUGACUUUAGCAACUGCCGCCGCAACCCCUCUGCCUGCCUCUCCGUCCGUCUUGCUUUCCCACGAUGGCUCGUCUCGUCGCAGUCCCCCCGUUCUCGUCGCCACCCACGCGCCCACGCCGAAACGUACGCCCAGCUCCAGCUCUCUACGCGACGAGCGCCGCAAAUCAAUCCCGGCACUCCAGAAGCGCCCGUCUGCUGCGUCGCUAAGAUCGGUCUCCCAACCUGCUGGCCCUCCUUCCCCUGUCCCGUCGUCGCGUCACUCCUCAUCAAACUACAACUUCGCGGGGUCCUCGACGACCGCCGCGUCGCCCACGGCAUCGCGUCUGUUAGCCCCGACAGAGGCCCAUGGCCCGACAGCAGCCUCGGUCGCGGCAGAAUACUUUCAAAGAGAGGUCGAACUACACCAGAUUGUCGAUCUCAAGUCCAAAGCAACCGUGGUGGUUCACGAUGCCUGUUACGGGCACCGCUUCUCGCGCCCGCGCGCAUCGAAGGCCGUGCUAGCAUCGAUCGUGGAGAGACCUGAGCGUAUUCGUGCAUGUGUCCUUGGUAUCUCCGCAGCGUACAUUCGUCUAGGCCGUCGACAUGAGGGAGAGCGCUUCGCACCACGCCCUGAUCUGGAUCUACACCUGCUACCCGCGCCGCCCUUUCAGAUCCGUAAGACGUCGCGCUCACUGCCGAUUCAGGAUAGUGCUGUGACGGACGUGCAUGGUAAUCUGUGGAUGACCGGCCUCAAAAGUAUGUGUGAUGUUGCCGAAUCGCGCCUGGCUUUGACGGGAAAAGAGCUCGUUCGACCGCAUGUCGAAGGCAAUAAGGAUACACCGGCGCCCGGACCCGAGCUUCACUCUGGGGAUCUAUAUCUUUGCUCUGAAUCGUUGGACGCAUUCCAGGGUGCUCUUGGUGGAGUCUGCGACGGUAUCGAUGCGGUCUUUGGCCCUGGCCCAACCUCGCGCGCAUUCGUUUGUAUUCGUCCUCCAGGUCAUCACUGCUCGGCAGAUUUCCCUUCGGGCUUCUGCUGGAUUAACAACGUCCAUGUCGGAAUUUCGUAUGCGGCAAUGAAUCACGGAUUGACUCAUGCUGCCAUUUUGGACUUUGAUUUGCACCACGGCGAUGGCUCUCAAGAUAUUACGUGGGAUCAUAACUCCAGGGCAUUGACGGCCCCGCGGAAUGCAGCGCCUUACAAGAAAACGGCGAUUGGGUACUACAGUCUCCACGAUAUCAACUCUUACCCCUGCGAAGGCGGUGACCCAGAUAAAGUGCGCAAUGCGAGCGUUUGUGUUGACGGCGCUCAUGGUCAGUCUAUCUGGAACGUCCACUUGGAGACGUGGGAGACCGAGGCCGAGUUCUGGAAACUGUACCAGACUAAGUACAUCACGUUGAUCAAUAAAGCACGGCAAUUCCUCCGUUCUCAUACUGAGAGAGUCUCCCAAACUCACACUCCCGGUGCACCUCCUCCCAAAGCUGCUAUCUUCAUCUCGGCGGGCUUCGAUGCCAGUGAAUGGGAAAGUCCUGGCAUGCAGCGACAUAAGGUCAACGUGCCAACCGAGUUUUAUGCUAGAUUUACGGCCGACGUGGUGCGAAUGUCGCAGGAAGAAGGCCUUGGUGUGGACGGACGUGUGAUUAGUGUGUUGGAAGGUGGUUAUAGUGAUCGUGCCUUGACAAGCGGCGUGUUCAGUCAUCUUGCUGGCCUAGGCGAUGCUACUGCGUCUUUAGACGAGUCUGCCGAUAGUCGCCUGGCCUUGGAGAUGGAGGGCCGUUUGAGUCUGUCUGCCCCGUCUCCUCAUCCUCAUAAUCACGCCGAUCAGCCCCAUGUUCCACCAGAAUACGACAGCCAGUGGUGGUCACCCGAUUUUCUCAAUGAAUUGGAAGCGCUCGUCUCCCCUCCAAUCAAGCGCGAGAAAUCAGCGCCCACCUUCCUUGCUUCCACGAAAUCAUUCGAUGCCAAGGUGGUACCUUCCACUCGUGACCGCCGGUCCUUUGGCGCCUACACAGGCAUUAGCCCGAGCUUGCCGCCUCUCCCAGAGGUCGACUGGGCCACUGCCGCACACGAACUGUCCAGGGUCUUGAUUCCCGAUGACAGCAGACAAACCAUGAGUUGCCGGCCAGAAGACCUGAAUGCAGAGGCAUCUCGCCAGCGCCGCGAACGCCAAGUAGCAUUGGAGGGCGGUAUCAACGUCGCGGCCAUCCCGGCGCCUCCUCCACCCCCAGAGGAAAAGCGACAGCUGCGUGCCAUUCGAAAGAACAGGAGAAGAACAGUCGAUGGCAAUGGCAAUGACUUGCCUGAUGCGUCGGGAGAGCUGUCUCCAUCUGUAGAUGCAAGUCGUCGGAAAAGUAUCAGCACUUCCACCACUGGGCCUAUUGAUAUGGGUGAUUUGACCGGCUCCGAGGACCAAGCGAAUGGGGUCGAAAGCUCAGCCACCGCUACGCCUGUGAAGACUGCCGGUGCACGCAACACAAAUAGCGUAGAAAGCUCAGGAACGGCCACUCCUGUGAGGACUACCGGCGCGCGAAAGCCAAGUGGCUCCCGGACGGGCACUCCCAGGCGUGGCGCGAGUCCUAGAAAAGCCCCCCCGGUGCCGAAGGUGCCAACAGCUUACCUACCAUCAAAACUUUCGGAUGAAGUGAUGGUACCACCCAACGACGUCGAAAAUCUCUCCGCCGGCCUCCGCAGGAUCAAGCUCGUGAUGCCGUCCCCCGAGGAACAGGCCGCCCGUGAGAAAGCAGCUGAGGAACGUAAGUCAACUUCAAAGACGACUAAAAAUCUCAAAUCCCCAAGGUCGCCCAGAAAGACCAGCGGUACCAGAAUAGCUCGCCCAAAGGCAGCAGCGUCUGUUCGCUCCGCGGCUGGGCCAAGCAGCUCGCCACCGCCUCUUCCCACGCCCUCGUUGGAUUUAGCUCCGAAUGACUCGGUGAAGCAAGAGAAAUCCGAUGUACCCUUGGCUUCUUCACCCUGGGAAUCCGCCAAUGAAACAGCCGAAUCCAGUGGCAUGGACAUGAGCGGACAAGAUUUAAAACCGUUCGGAUGGGCCGCUCCACCCGCUCCUGCAUCUACUUUCCAACACGCUCACUUCGACGCCAGCAGCUCUCCACCUUUUACCCCGGUCAUCACCCAACCCCCCGAGCUACCCAACCCACAGUCAAACAUCUACUCGCCUCCGCUGGCAGCGGGCCAGACCAAGCACGGUCUGCCCGUCUUCACAUCCAGCAGCCCCAUUCCUUUCGCCGCGCCAGACAGUCAACAUCCCUCCCAGAGUCAGGAAAACCCGCGCCCCUCUUCCACACUGUCCGGAUCCCAGGACGGCAGCUUAUCCCAUGGUUUCUCUCAAAAUUGA